UGAGUUUGUUAUGACAAGUCGAGGCCUCGGACUAAAUUAGGAGCGGAGCCCCGGUGUCUGCCCAGGCGAGUCCCGUCAUGGAGGGCAUGGACCUGGACCUGGACCAGGAGCUCAUGCAGAAAUUCAGCUGCAUGGGCACCACGGACAAAGACAUCCUGAUAUCGGAAUUCCAGAGGCUGCUCGGGUUCCAGCUGAACCCCGCCGGAUGCGCCUUCUUCCUGGACAUGACCAACUGGAAUUUACAGGCCGCCAUCGGAGCUUACUAUGACUUUGAAAGUCCGAACAUCAGCGCACCAUGCAUGGCCCUUGUGAAGGACGUGACAAUUGGCGAGGGUGAAUCAGUUCCACCUGACACACCUUUCACAAAGACCUGGAGGAUACAGAACACUGGUGCAGAGUCGUGGCCUCCCGGCGUUUGUCUGAAGUAUGUGGGAGGAGAUCAGUUUGGUCACGUAAACAUGGUGAUGGUGCGCUCUCUAGAUCCCCAGGAAAUGACUGACGUCAGUGUGCAGAUGCAUAGCCCUGCGACUCCUGGCAUGUUCCAGGGUCAGUGGAGGAUGUGCACAGCUACAGGACUUUACUUUGGAGAUGUGAUCUGGGUGAUCCUGAGUGUGGAGGUUGGAGGCCUCCUUGGCGUGACGCAGCAGCUUUCCUCCUUCCAAGCGGAGUUCAACACCCAGCCUCAUCGUAACCUGGAAGGAGACUACAACCCCUUCGCAUCGCCAGAGAAGAGCAAGUGCCCCAACAGCAACAACAAUCACUUCCACUGUGACAGUAGCCAUAGACCCACAGAGGAGUGUUGGCAGGGAAACCCACAACAGCUGCAGCAAGACCAAAAUGGACUUUCACACAGCUCUGUGGACAUAGUAGCAAAUAGUCUACAAAAUAAUCUAUCAGUAGUCUCUUGUAACCAGAUACAGGAGCCCUCUCAUUUUGGGCACUCUUAAAUUAUGGGACUUGUCACACUAAAGCAGCACUAAAUGAAACCUAUGGAAUCUGUCACACCAAUUUAAAAAAAAAAUGAAAUAAAAUGAAAUAAAAAGCAAGUGGCUUAAUGAUGGAGUGUGGCGAUCAAACACACUUCCUGCGGAGUCCGAUUACACUUUGAGAUGCCAGAAGCCAACGCUCCUGAUGUGCAGCUGAACCAACAUCCCGCACCCGGUGUAUGCACGUGUGAAUGCUAAGUUAAAAAUGAGUGCUGUGAGUCUUUAAAGUGAUUUUUCUCUUCUUUUUUUUUCCCAAUUUUUUUUCUUAUUUUUUCCUUUUUUUCAAAAGUUGACAGGGUGUGUAUGGAUCCAUGGUUGCAGCAGUGUGUUUGAGAACUUUUUUGUGUAGGUGUGCAUGCAUUGAACAACCUUGACAAGAGACUUUGGAGUUAAAGCCAUUUAUUUUGCCAACUGUUUCUCUAGUUUUUGACCAACUCUAAGUUUAUUGAUUGGGUUUGUGGACUCUGAUCUCUGUCACCUAAAUCUAAUAGGCAUCCACGAAACAUAACUUUUACUCUAUUUUUUUUUUCUUUUUUUCUUUUUUAAACAAGCAAUAUUUUCCAGAAGCUCAUUAGAAACGCUUAUCUGCUUGUCUUUUAUUUUUCCACAUGGCUCAUGCAAUGUUGACAAAAUCAUUUCGUACGACUAGCGGGUUUUACAGGUAAUGACUCCUUUCUCCUAAUUAAGUAGAGAAAGAUACAAUUCAAGAGACGGAUGCACUGGAAUUAAAUUUACUCUGUAUUAUCUCAUGGUUGCCUGAAACACAUCGAAGGGUGCUCAUACAUUGCUUAGACUCAAUGCCAUCAAUUGUACAAAAUAAAAAAUAUGAAAUUGAAUAUUAUUGUACAUUGUAUUUCCACUGAUAACUUGUGCAUCAGCAUUUAGUUUAGAUGUCAGUGCUUGUACAGGCCCGGUGGUUCGGAGAGCUCAUCUUUCAUGUGCUGCUGCAGAAUUCAUUUGGCACUGCGCUGCACGUGGCCUCCAACCAGCAGAAAUGAACUUCUGCUAUUUUUAUCCCAGCUAUGGAGGUUAAGUUGUUUUAUUUGGUCCCUUGGUCACUCGUCUCGUUUCCCCCCCCCAUCGUGACUUUUAAGUCUCUUAGGCAAAUCCGUUAUCAUGUCCUCUGCCGCUCGGAGGGCGACUUGGAUCGUUGCUGGCGUGUGACGUAGUGCCAUAAAGCAGGAAGCAGUUGUCACUAGAGGUGACCUGGAGAUGAUCAAAUGUACCUUUUAAACAAAAUUAAAACAUAUUUUAAGGGGGGGGGGGGUUAAUUUGGUAAGACUGUACAGAGGAAUAGUGAAUAUGUGCAAGGCAUGUGGUUCUAGGUUGUAGGUCUGAUGCCCAGAGGCAGUUGCACCCGUUGACUUUCGAGAGUUAAUGAUCUGAGAGGUUGCAGACUGAUUUGUCUGAUUUGUUUGCUGAUCCCAGGUGAAUAGUUGCAUGAACUGAAGUAUUGCGACGAUGGGACUGAUACGCAUUAUAUCAAACAUGAAUUUAAGCCUCAUGAACCCCAGUUAAGACACGGCUUACCAGUAUAGAAAUGUAAAUGUUUUUGUCCUGAUUUGAACUUCCCAUUUAAAGCUGGAUUAGACUUCUUUUUAAACAUUUAACUCGAAUGUAUCUCCUGAAUGUAGAAGAGAGUAAUCGUUUUGGUGGUGUCAUCAUUUACCCAAAGAAUUGACAUUAUAUUUUGGAAACAAACUGGUGGUUUUGUCAACGUAGUUACCCUUCUGCAUCGUCCUGUCUCCUGUUAAAGUCUUGCUUAGAAAGUUCUGUAUUCAUUUUGAUAGAUUCAUCAUGUCUGAGUCUUGAAUCCCCAGCGACGAUGACAGAAUCACUGCACAAUAAUCAUUGCCUCCUACUAACUGGCCAAUCUAUGCACUGAGUCACACAACCUCCAUGACAACAGCUGUGUGCUCCUUCCUCCUCCACCGUCGUCUCGGAAGUGUUAUCGGCUCUGUGAUUAUUUUUUUAAUCUGAUAUCCACAAUUAGUGCGCCGGAGCAGCUCGUCAAGUGAACACCCUGAACUUGAUGAACGUGUAAGCGCCGGGGUGCUGAGCAACAUGACCAUACCAGCUAAUAUCUUGAUGUGUGGAAGAGCAGUGUGGGUUUCCUGCUGACGACCUCAUGGUGCAUGUAUUUCUCUGCCUUCAGCGGUAGCCACAGCACAUGUAUGUACGCGAGGAAGUGCAAACAAAUGAAAGCUCAAUUCCUGUAUGUGUGAUGAAUGUUUGUAUGAUUAAAUUAUCACUGAAAGCUGACUUCUACAA